GUUGGGUGAGGGUGGAAAAGGAAAGGCGGUUGAAAUAAUAAAAAGGGGGAAUAGAAUUAAAAUUGGAGAAUGGUGACCCGUAGCUGAACGCUAACGACGAACUCCCCUCUUGUUCCUUCCGAGAUUUUCAUGUCCAUCCUGCCUUCCCAAAUCCAGGGUUCCAAUUCAACGUCUUCUUCCUCUGCUUCCUCUCUAAACCCUAAUUCCCACCAUGGACCCGACCCUCUUUUCUCCUUCUCCCCUCCCACGCAUUCUUUUCCAUCCCUACGGAUCUCCGAUCCCGAUUCUCCUCUCCCCGAUUCCACCAACGUUUCAGGCCCAUCAUCCCAACCUGCAAAUGCCGCUGAAUCUUCCAAGAAGGUAAGUGAAUCAGAGACUCUAAAUGAUUUGAAGAUGCCAGCUCGGCAAAACACUGGUACCCAUUUGCAGUGUCAACCCGGUGGACAAGAGGGUGGAUCAGUCCUGCCGGGGAGUAGAAUGUCAUCUACUGUAAUUUCUUCUCAUGAUCAGCAGAGUGCUACGUCUGCAAACUCUUAUGGCAAUAAUAAACGCUCAGCUGGAAGAAAAGCCCAAAUUGCAAAUGGCAACCAUUUGCUUAAUUUUCAAUAUGAUCCCAUUUCUCGUCCUCGUGCUCGAGCUAGAGCUCCUCCUCCAAGAAGGCCACAGAGGAUAAAGCCCUAUAACAAGGAUCUCUUUCUCCAGGCUAAUUACAAAUUUGUGGUAUUAGAUUCAGGUUAUCAUACAGAUGAAUAUAUGGAUCCUGAUAAAAUGCUGCAUUGGGAGGAUAUCGUAUGUGUAAGGUAUUCUACACCAUCACUGGUCCAAUGUCCUAUUUGUCUGGAGCAUCCACUCUGUCCUCAAAUUACUUCAUGUGGACAUAUUUAUUGUUUCCCGUGCAUUUUGAGGUACCUAUUAAUGGGCAAGGAGGAUCAUAAAGGUGACUGCUGGAAGAAAUGCCCUUUAUGUUUUGUGAUGUUGUCUCCCAAGGAUUUAUACACCGUCCAUAUUGAGCUUUUGAAGCAAUAUUCUGUUGGUGAUACUAUAGAUUUUAUGCUUUUAACUCGCCAAAAAAAAUCAUUUGCCAUAUCAUGCAAGGAUAAACAAGAGGAUGAUAUAAGGUCAAGUGACAAUGAUCAAGUCUGUGAUUCUUUUUCAAAAUUUAUAUUUACAUCUGAUGUGGACCUCUCAGUGCGGAAAGCAAUAUCUGAUCUCGAUGCCUGGUUAGCAAAAGCAGAAGCAGGGAAAGUAGAUGACCUCGAAAAGCUUCCAUAUGUUUGCGCUGCAUUGGAACAACUGGAGCAGAGGAAGAAGUAUUGGAAUGAACAUCAGACUUGUUUUAAGCAUAAUGACUGUCAGAUGGGAUCCCAUGUGCCCCUGCCAACUGAUAGUAUUAGCAAGGCUGGUUCUGGAGCAUGCACUUCCAGACACGAUGCUUCUUCCGUUGAUAUUUAUGAAGGUUGCAAGUUUUUGGGGAAUAUAGUUCAAGAUAAGUUGGAUUAUUCUACUCCUGUGGGUCAGACUGGGACUAUGGAUGAAUCUUUAGAACUCCAACAAAACUCGAAUGAAAUUGGAGAUGCAAAGGACAAGGACUCGUACAAUUUUUACCAGGCUAUCGAUGGCCAGCAUAUCAUUCUCCAUCCAUUAAACAUGAAGUGUCUUUUACAACAUUAUGGGAGUUACAAUAGGCUGCCACUCAGAAUAAGUGGAAAGAUUUUAGAAUUCGAAACGGUGACACAAACGGAGGCCACAAGGAGGCGUUAUCGUUAUUUAAGUCAUUUUUCCUUAACAACUUCAUUUCAGCUCUGCGAAAUUGAUUUGACCAACCUAUUGCCUUCGGUCUCGAUGAUUCCCUUCAUGGAUGAGAUAAAGAAGCGUGAGAAGCAGAGGAAACAACUUGCAAAAAAGAUACAAAGGGAGAAGAUCAAAGAAGAAGCUUCUUCAAUGUGUUCUUUGUCAAUGAUGGCCAGUUCAGGAAGUUCAUAUUAUCACAAUACUCCAAACCUUUCUUUGGAUGACUUUGAAGCUUUAGGAAAUUCUCCCGUGACAUCAUCCAGCCCUCCUGUCGGAGGGAGGCAACUGUUCUCAAGCGUUACGAGACUUGGUUUCGCUGCCGCACAUGACUCUCCAUCCUUGAGAAUUGAGGAAACUGAUUCUGUGCACAUUAAUGAAGUGAAAAGUAAUUUAUCUGGUGCCAGCACUGACGUACAGAAUGCAACUCCAUCGUUUGCGAAUGUAAUAACGAGGGCGAAGUCUGGAGGAAGUAUGGAAUCUCCAAAGGCAAAUGAAGCGGGAAAGAAGGGGAAGAAACCAAGUCGAGUUCUGUUAUCCACGGCAGGUGGUCGGCGCUAUUGAAUAUGAUAGUGAAUCUGUCGAUUGUAAUAAUAAUAGAAUUUCCAAUUUCAGAUGUACAAAGCACUAUGUCCAUUUGCAUUAUCAGGACUUCUGACUAAAAUCAUAGGAUUUGCUUGUGGUAGUUUGUGAUUAGAAGAUAGAUUAAUAGCUGUGUACAUCAGAAGGCUAAAUAAAAUGGUUUGUUAUCGUUAAAUC